ACCGUACCGGCGCGCGUUCCCGCGAGGCGGCGGCGGCUGCAGCAUCGGCAGCAGCCGCGGGCAGCCUCAGGCGGGGCCGGCCGGACGGACCGACGGACAGAGGACGCCGAGGGCGCGCGGCUCGCUGGUGCUGACCAUGGAGGGAGCCUCGUUCGGCGCGGGCCGCGCGGGAGCCGCCGUGGACCCCGUGAGCUUUGCGCUGCGGCCCCAGACCCUGCUGCGGGUCGCGUCCUGGGUGUUCUCCAUCGCCGUCUUCGGGCCCAUAGUCAACGAAGGCUACGUGAACGCCGACAGCGGCCCCGAGCUGCGCUGCGUCUUCAACGGGAACGCGGGCGCCUGCCGCUUCGGCGUCGCGUUGGGCCUCGGGGCCUUCCUGGCCUGCGCCGCCUUCCUGCUGCUGGACCUGCGCUUCCAGCAGAUCAGCAGCGUACGCGACCGCCGCCGCGCGGUGCUGCUGGACCUGGGCUUCUCAGGGCUCUGGUCCUUCCUGUGGUUCGUGGGCUUCUGUUUCCUUACCAACCAAUGGCAGCGCACGGCGCCCGGCCCCGGCCCGACGCAGGCGGGGGAUGCUGCGCGCGCCGCCAUCGCCUUCAGCUUCUUCUCCAUCCUCAGCUGGGUGGCGCUCACUCUGAAGGCCCUGCAGCGGUUCCGCCUGGGUACCGACAUGUCGCUUUUUGCCACCGAGCAGCUGGGCGCGGGUCCGGGUCAGGCCUAUCCCGGGUACCCGGUGGGCAGCGGUGUGGAGGGCACGGAUACUUACCAGAGCCCGCCCUUCACCGAGACGCUGGACAGCAGCCCCAAAGGCUAUCAGGUGCCUGCCUACUAGUGGCCAGUAGACCCCGGCCCUGGAUCAGAGGCUGCUUGGUCAGCACAGGCUCCCUGGCCCCCUGGGCCAAAGAGGAGGUGGCCUGCAGGCUGCCUGAGUUUCCCCACAAGUCCGCCCAGGCCCUUACUUGCCAGGCCCAGGCCUAAAGCCCUGAGAAGCGCCAGUCCAGUCCUGGGCAGUGUCUGGGGUCUCGGGAUCCUCCUAGGAGACAGCCAGACCAGGGCUCUGUCCAGUCGCCCUCCACAGCCAGGUCGGGGCUAACCCCACUAGAAGAGGGACCCAGCCCCUCCCCAGUGGUCACUUUUCCUCCCACGUUCCUGCGGGUAGUGGUUGUCCUCCCUCCUGUCAUGGUGCGCCCCCCCCCCCCC